AUGCUUCGCUUUGUUCGAUUAGCUAGCACAUCUAUUAAAGCUAGACCUGAACUACAGUCAAUCCUACCUUCGAAACGUACUAUAAACCGAAUACUUUUCGAUAAUGACUCACCAAUAACAUACUCCAAAAUGAUGCCAGUUCUUCAAAACAUUUACAACAAUUUAUCUCAACCCUCAAAGAUAGAAAUACCCACGUCGGUCAAGUCACUGGAUCUAAUGGUGUUUAGAAAACUUUUAACUAGCAUCCGAUCAGUAACGCAAUCAGCUAAUAAGAAUUUACUUGAUUUGGAGAAUGAAUUGGUAGAGCAAGCUGCUGAAAGAGGUGAUUUGGAUGCUAUAACUAUGCUUGCUUAUGAAAAAGUACGUGAAAACCUACGUCAAGAGACGGUUGUUGAUAAAGCAGCGAAAGAGGAUCUAGCUCAUGCUAAUAAACUUAUAAAGGAAUUGACGGAGUUGAAGCAUCCUCUAGUUUUUAAAAUGGCUGGUGAUUUGGCAUUUGAAAAGAAGGUUUACGCGACGGCGGUUGAUUACUGGCAACAAUUUUUGGAGUUGGAGGAUGAUACGAUUGAAGCGGGCCAUGUAUAUUACAGUUUGGGAUACUAUUUCUUUUCACAACCACCACCAAUACAAGACUUUAAUAAAGCCAAACAAUAUUUCCAGAAAUGCAUUCAAUUGACUGAUUUAGAUUUACAUUCAACCAAAGCUCACUACUAUCUAGGACAGCUAUACCUUGAUAAGAACCCCCAAGUUGCCAAAUAUUUUAUGGAAAUUAGUGCUCUGAAAUCAUUAUUGGAAAGUUUUGCCAGUUUGGGUUUUCUAGAAAUGAACAAGUUUAAAAAUUAUGAUAUUGCUAUUGAGUGGUUUAAAUUGGGAGUAGAGGCAAAUAAGGAUUUGUUAUGUUUAAUUGGACAAUUUGAUUGUUAUAUAAAGAUGAAACAAUGGAGAGCAGCUGAUCAAGUAUUAAGGAAUUUGAAGGAGUUGCGUUCAAAAGUGAAUGAUGUCAAGAGGAAUAAGAAGGCAGUGCCUGAUUCAAUGAAGGAGAGUUUCCACGUCAAUGAUUCAUUGUUGACUUCAUUUUUCCAGGGACGAAAAGAAGAGUUUGAGUUGUUACAACAAAAUGUAUAA